AUGCAAACCCUCAUCAAGACCGCCCUCUUCGCCUCCGCGGCGAUGGCCGCCAGCAUCCCCAUCAGAGACGUAACCUACCCCGACGCCUUCCGCCUCUCAGUCAACGUCACCAGCCCAGCCUACGACUCCCAGCCCUCCGUCCAGGGCCAGGAACUCGUCUACACCCCCAACGCCGGCUGCAGCGCCAACACGACCUUCGCCCCCGCCGGCCAGGGCACUCUCUUCCGCGUCGCCGGCAACACCGUCGGCGUGGCCCACUACUUCGACGACGAGUCGUCUCCCUCCGCCGGGCUGGUCAUCACCCCCGGAGGCACGGCGACCGUGCCGAGCACCAACAUCGUCAAGGUCCAGUGCUCAAACGGGACCACGGGCGUUUCGGUCACUUCUUCCGGGCUCGCUUACGAUGGCGGUAGCUUCAUGGCCUGCAGUGGCGUGGGAUACGACGAGAACCUGCCGGUUGUAUUGAGCUUCAGGCAAGCCGGGCAGAGGGCUAUCAUCAGCUGCGCUGUUAUUCAGCUUCUUCCUGUGUACUAA